AUGCGUUGCUUCACAAUCUUCACCGUUGUUGCCUGUAUCGUCUUACUUAUCCUUAGUUUAACAACAGCAUUCUCUCAUGAUCGUACGCGUCGUGGUCCAGUAGAUUUAAGUGGUUUCACAGGAAGUGGAAUUUGUAUCUUUUGGCCAUGUCCAGUACAACCAUUUGUAUUUCCGGAGAUUGAUUGGGAUGCAGUACAUGCAAGUAUUGCUCAAUGGAAUAAAGAACGGGAACAACAGUUAUCGCAAACAGAAGUUUGA